AUGAAAGCCACAACGAGCCUCAUCAUCGUCAUAACCACCCUCCUCCUCUCCCCACUCACGAGGUCUCUUCCACUACCAGAGACCACAAACAACCAGGAAUCCGAUGCCAUUGCACCUCGCCGCAUGAUCCCCAGCAAAACUGACCUCCUCUCACACAUCUUCGCCUCCCUCGGCGUCGAAGAAUUCAACAGAUUCAACAAGCUCCACCCAGAGGAAUACGACGAUGGCACCUCAAUCGACGACAGCAACGCCGCAACGAAUACGGUUACAUCCCACGCGAACGAGGAGGUACCUAGGCCGAGCGGCACGGUGAAGGUUGAGGAGCAUGUUGAUAAGGAUGGUGGGGCGACUAAGACGAUGACUACUACGACUACGACGUUUAGCACUGUGGCUGCGAGUGCGGGCGGGAGUGAUUCCGCGGCUACGGACGAUAUGGAUAGUGCGGCAGAGGAACCGCAGGGUUUCGUGGAUACGUUGCUUGAGGUGUUGAGGAAGAAGUUUCGGGAGACGCUGAAUAGUAGUGACGAGGUUGCUUUGUAG